AUGUUAAACCAAACAUUUGUGACUGAAUUCAUCCUCCAAGGAUUUUCUACAGCUCGAGAGUUGCAGAUUUUACACUUUGUGAUGUUUUUCUUCCUUUAUUUAGUAACUGUGGUGGGCAACAUCCUCAUUAUCAUAACUGUAGCCCAGAGUAAUAAUCUUCACAACCCCAUGUAUUUUUUUCUGGCUAUUCUCUCCUCCAUUGAUUUCUGCUUCAUUUCAACCACUGUUCCCAAAUCUAUGGGCAAUUCCUUGGUAAACAGCAAUGCCAUCUCAUUUACUGGAUGCGUCACUCAGGUUUUCCUUGUUGUCUCCUGUGCUACUUCAGAGAUCUUCUUGCUCACUCUCAUGGCAUAUGAUCGAUAUGUUGCAAUAUGUCAUCCUUUGAAAUACAAACUAAUCAUGAAUCAGAAUGUUUGUCUCCAUCUUAUAUUAAUUCUUUUGGUGUUUGGUGUAAUCAAUGGAGCAUGUCAUGCUGCAAACACCUUCCGUUUAGAUUUUUGCUCAUCCCACAUUAUCAAGCAAUAUUUUUGUGAUAUCCCUCAGCUGUUAAAAAUAUCUUGCAUCAAUACAGAGAUCAAUGAGAAAAUUACAUUUGGCUUAGUACUAAGUAUAGGUUCAUUUUGCUUCAUUUUUGUUUCUAUUUCUUAUGGGUAUAUCUUCUCAGCAGUUUUCAAGAUUCAGUCUACUCAGGGACAGUAUAAAGUUUUCUCUACUUGUGUUCCUCAUUUAACUGUGUUUUGUUUAUUUGUUUUUACUGUCAUGUUUUCAUACAUGAGACCAAAAGCUUUGUUCUCACCAUCUCUGGACUUACUUUCAGCUGUUUUGUAUACAAUUUUACCUCCACUAAUGAAUCCCAUAAUUUAUAGCUUACGGAACAGAGAGAUUCAAAUUUCUUUAAGGAAAAUGCAAAAGAAAUAUUUCAGAUUUCAUGUGUUGAGCUGA